AUAAUUUGCUGGUAAUUUAAUGCAUGAAACUAUUUAAAAAUGGCAAAGAAACAAGUUAAAAGAAAAGCUACCGAGUUUAUAGAAAAGAAAAAAGUAAAAGAUAUUGACAUAAAAUCGACAGAGGAAGAUGAGGGGUUACAAGAGGAUUUAUUGCAGAAUAUUUCCAACGAAGACAACGACAGCUCUGAUGAUGAAGGUGCCGCGAAAGCUUAUCAGUCUGAUGACAGUGACGAGUUAGAAUUUGAGAGUGAUGAAGAGGGUAAUUACACUUCAAAAUGGGAUGCAAAUGUACCGUCUGAAAACAGUGAUGAUGAUGAUGAAGAAGCAUCAGGGGAGGAAGAGGAAAUAAACGAAUCUGAUAUUGAGGACAUAUCCGGUGAAGAAGAGGCCGAUGACAAUGAUGAUGAUGAUGACGAUGAAGAUGGUAUCAGCGAUGAAGAACCUAUAAGCAGUAAAGAAUCUAAUAUCAAGGUGUCCAGCAAUAAUAAAGAAAUAAAAAAGACUAAAAGAGCUGAGAAAAAUAAGCCCAAUGAUUUGAAUACAGCGAAAAAAGCGCUUGAGGCGCAAAAUGCUAAGACCAACGAAUCACUUAAUAAUUUGAAAAAUGAAUUAAAUGACAAAGAACAAAUCGCCGCUGCGCCUGCUAAUAAAGCAGAAUAUGAAGAUUCAGAUACCUCUGACGAAGAAGACAUUCGCAAUACUGUGGGGAAUAUUCCGAUGCAUUGGUACGAUGAGUACAAACAUAUUGGCUAUGAUUGGGAUGCAAAGAAAAUUAUAAAGCCACCAAAAGGUGAUCAAAUUGAUGACUUUCUACGUAAAAUUGAAGAUCCUGAUUUCUGGCGUAGUGUUAAAGAUCCACAAACUGGACAAGAGGUUGUACUUACAGACGCUGACAUUGAACUUAUCAAACGCAUUAAUUCUUCACGCGUACCCAAUCCAGAACAUAAUGAGUACGAGCCGUGGAUUGAGUGGUUUACUUCGGAAGUAGAACGUAUGCCUAUAAAAAAUGUACCCGAUCACAAACGUUCAUUUUUGCCAUCCUCAUCUGAACGCAAGAAGGUUUCUCGUAUGGUGCAUGCACUUAAAAUGGGUUGGAUGAAAACUAUGGAUGAAGUGGAGCGUGAAAAGAAGGCUGCGCGCGGACCUAAAUUCUAUAUGCUUUGGGAAACUGACACAAGUCGUGAACAAAUGCGUCGCAUACACGAUCCAGUGUCUGCACCGAAACGAGAUUUGCCGGGACAUGCCGAAUCUUAUAAUCCACCACCAGAAUAUUUGUUUGAUGAGAAAGAACAGCGAGAAUGGUUGAAGCUUAAAGAUGAACCAUAUAAGCGUAAACUACAUUUCAUGCCACAAAAGUAUAAAUCGCUACGUGAAGUGCCCGCGUAUCCACGAUACAUUCGUGAACGCUUCAUGCGUUGUCUGGAUCUGUAUUUGUGUCCUCGCGCCAGACGUACAAAACUAAAUAUCGAUGCAGAAUAUUUGAUUCCAAAAUUACCUUCACCAAGGGAUCUACAACCAUUUCCAACUGUGGAGAGUUUGGUAUAUCGUGGACAUACAGAUUUAGUGCGUACAGUUAGCGUUGAACCGAAGGGCGAAUACAUUGUCUCUGGAUCGGACGACAAAACAGUUAAAAUUUGGGAAAUCGCUACUGGCCGUUGUAUACGUACCAUCGAGACUGACGAUGUUGUGCGUUGCGUUGCCUGGUGUCCAAAUGCCAAAUUAUCCGUUAUUGCUGUUGCAACUGGCAACCGAUUGCUCUUGAUUAAUCCUAAGGUCGGCGAUAAGUUGAUUGUGAAAAAAACAGAUGAUUUGCUUGCGGAAACCCCGCAAGUAGAUACAAUGGAAAGUGAACGCAUCAAAACGGCUGUGCAGUGGAGUGUUGCUGAAAAAGAGGAACAAGAGAAGGGCGUGCGUAUAGUUAUCACUCAUUUCAAGCCCAUUCAACAAGUUACGUGGCAUGGACGUGGUGAUUACGUUGCCACGGUUAUGCCUGAAGGUGCCAAUCGUUCAGCGCUCAUUCAUCAACUCUCCAAGCGACGUUCGCAAAUACCAUUCUCCAAGAGUAAGGGUCUAAUACAAUGUGUGCUGUUCCAUCCAAUCAAACCGUGCUUAUUUGUGGCGACGCAACACAAUGUACGCAUUUAUGAUUUAGUUAAACAAGAGCUGAUUAAAAAGUUACUAACAAACUCCAAAUGGAUAUCGGGCAUGUCAAUACAUCCCAAAGGUGAUAAUUUAUUAGUGUCCACGUAUGACAAAAAGAUGCUUUGGUUUGAUUUGGAUUUGUCAACUAAACCAUAUCAGACUUUACGUUUACACAAGAAUGCUGUGCGUAGUGUCGCUUUCCAUUUGCGCUAUCCACUUUUCGCUUCUGCCAGUGAUGAUCUAUCCGUGAUAGUUUCACACGGCAUGGUUUACAAUGAUUUGCUGCAAAAUCCUCUGAUUGUGCCCGUAAAGAAAUUACAGACGCAUGAAGCACGCGAAGAAUUCGGUAUUCUCGAUGUUGUGUGGCAUCCAAUACAGCCAUGGGUAUUCUCGUCAGGUGCAGAUGCUACAAUUAGACUUUACACGUAGUUAAAUGUAAUUUUGUAAUUUUUUAUUUUAUGAUUGAAUAACUGUAUAUGUAUUUGAUUUAUGCAACAAUA